AUGAUCAACAUCCUGGGGGCGCGCGCCCGCAAGCUCAACGAGGAUCACUUCGAGCCCCUGGCGGACGAGAUGGUGCUGCAUUUGCCGGUGCCCGCGCCUGAGUAUGUGUGGGGCGCGUGCAGCGAGGAGGAGUGGCUGCUAGCGCGGCCGCAUGCGCUGUCGCAGACGCUGUAUCAGCUGCUGCAGAUGAAUCGGAUGGAGGAUGGUUCUGGCGUGUUCGAAGAUUGCGCCGGGAGGUUGGUAGUGCAGCUGCAGGGCAGGUAA